UACUCCAAUCUACAAACUCUCUCUAAAAUCUCUGGUCCCCAUCAAAAAACCAUCGUCUCUUCGAUCCUGAUCGCCUCCUCCAGUAAUGGCUUACGGCGAUCGCUUGACAACGUUCGAAGAUUCAGAGAAAGAGAGCGAAUAUGGCUACGUUCGCAAGGUUUCAGGGCCGGUGGUGGUGGCCGAUGAAAUGGGCGGCGCUGCGAUGUACGAGCUCGUUCGUGUCGGCCAUGACAAUCUCAUUGGUGAGAUCAUUCGAUUGGAGGGUGAUUCUGCUACAAUCCAAGUUUAUGAAGAGACUGCAGGGUUGAUGGUCAAUGAUCCUGUGCUCAGGACUAGAAAGCCCUUGUCAGUGGAAUUGGGCCCUGGAAUUCUGGGAAAUAUUUUUGAUGGAAUCCAGAGACCUCUGAAAAAUAUUGCCAUAAGAUCUGGGGAUGUCUAUAUUCCUCGUGGAGUUUCAGUCCCUGCACUUGACAAAGAUGUAUUGUGGGAGUUCGAACCGAAGAAGCUAGCUGUCGGGGAUCUGCUCACUGGUGGAGAUUUGUAUGCUACUGUCUUUGAAAACACUUUGAUGCAGCAUCAUGUUGCUCUACCUCCUGGUUCUAUGGGUAAAGUUAGCUACAUUGCCCCAGCUGGUCAGUAUAGCCUCCAGGACACGGUACUUGAGUUGGAGUUUCAAGGCAUCAAGAAGAAGUUCACUAUGCUUCAGACCUGGCCUGUUCGAACCCCUCGGCCUGUAGCAACGAAACUUGCUGCAGAUACACCACUUUUGACUGGACAACGUGUUCUCGAUGCCCUUUUCCCCUCUGUGCUUGGAGGAACUUGUGCUAUACCUGGAGCUUUUGGUUGUGGUAAAACAGUCAUCAGUCAGGCACUUUCAAAGUACUCUAAUUCCGACACAGUGGUCUAUGUGGGCUGUGGAGAAAGAGGAAAUGAAAUGGCUGAGGUGCUUAUGGAUUUCCCACAAUUAACGAUGACAUUGCCUGAUGGACGUGAAGAAUCUGUCAUGAAACGUACUACACUUGUCGCGAAUACUUCCAAUAUGCCUGUGGCUGCUAGGGAGGCUUCUAUUUAUACAGGAAUCACUAUCGCUGAAUACUUCAGAGAUAUGGGCUAUAACGUAAGCAUGAUGGCUGAUUCUACAUCCCGAUGGGCAGAGGCUUUACGUGAAAUUUCAGGGCGAUUGGCUGAAAUGCCCGCAGAUAGUGGAUAUCCUGCAUAUCUUGCUGCACGUUUAGCUUCAUUCUAUGAACGUGCUGGUAAAGUGAAAUGUCUUGGUGGCCCAGACCGUACUGGAAGUGUUACAAUUGUUGGUGCUGUUUCUCCUCCAGGAGGUGAUUUUUCAGACCCUGUAACAUCUGCCACCCUCGGUAUUGUUCAGGUUUUUUGGGGACUAGACAAGAAGCUGGCUCAGAGGAAACAUUUCCCUUCAGUGAAUUGGCUUAUAUCCUAUUCAAAGUACUCAAAGGCCCUCGAAUCUUUCUAUGAGAAAUUUGAUUCGGAUUUUAUUGAUAUCAGAACAAAAGCUCGGGAGGUGCUUCAGAGAGAAGACGACUUGAAUGAAAUUGUCCAGCUUGUUGGGAAAGAUGCACUAGCUGAAACUGACAAAAUUACUUUAGAGACUGCAAAGCUCCUGAGAGAAGAUUAUCUAGCACAGAAUGCGUUUACUCCUUAUGACAAAUUCUGUCCGUUCUACAAGUCAGUCUGGAUGAUGCGUAAUAUUAUCCAUUUUAAUGCUUUGGCAAGCCAGGCUGUUGAGCGAGCUGCUGGUUCUGAUGGUCAGAAGAUAACGUACAGUGUGAUCAAGCAUAGAUUGGGCGACCUUUUCUACCGCUUAGUGUCCCAAAAAUUUGAAGAUCCUGCAGAAGGCGAGGAGGCUCUUGUUGCCAAGUUUAAGAAACUGUAUGACGAUCUCACUGUUGGCUUUCGAAACCUCGAAGAUGAAACAAGAUAAUUUUUUUUUUCCCAUGGAGGCAAUUUUUUCCCCAUGGAGGCUUGGGAGGAAUUAAAUUAUUUUGUAUCCCUGUAUUCGAAAAUUUUUGCACUUCAGGUUCCUACUAUUUCUAGUAUCCAUAUUCUUUACUUGUAUUGUUUAUUAUCUCAAAUAAAAUGUAGACGGCAGUGAUAAGAGCUGUGCGUUUUCCCCCUGUAUUAAAACCGGUACUCAUUCAAUAGCGUUUUUUGUCAUAUACUUUAAAAUGAUACUUCUUUGUAUAAUGUUUAGUUGAAAUAAAAUGUGGGCAUGAUGAGAUGUAAUUUUUCCA